GAGGGGCGGCGGGGAGUUAAGAGCCGCGGCGGUGGAAAGGAGCUGAUGUGGCAGUUGAGGGUGGCGGUGCUUUCGGGUCCUCUGGGUGCUUCCCGGGCCGGGGUAACUCGGGUGCAGCGGCCGCACGCCGGCAGAGCUGAAAGCCUUAGCAAAGCCAUCCUCCUACAGCCUGCUGGGUCAGCUCCGCGGGCGACUCGGGGCCCGUCUCGCGUUCUCGCAUUUUCUUGCCAUCUAAAGUUCAAAUAUGAACCCUGAACUUAGGAAAAAUAAGCAAACAAACAAUUUCUACUGCAAAAUUUGCAAAAUCUGGUGUCCUUCUGCGUUAAACUUGAAGUCUCACUUCCUUGGAUACAAACACAAGAUGGUUGAAGAAACGCUGAAAGCUCGUGGCCUUGUUAAACCAUCAAGAGGCUCAGGGGAACAAGUCAAAAUGCCUGGAAAGCUUCCUGUUUAUGAGCAAAGCAAGCCACAAAAUUUUCAGGGACGGACCUUGGAAAAACAGCUUAAUAUGUAUAAAAACUCAGAACCUGCUCUUGGGCUUAAUUAUAUAAUAGAAUACAGAUCAAAACAGAAUUUCCCUUUUCUCUAUGAAUGUCAACUCUGCCAAUGUAGAACAGGAUUGAGUAGCAUGUUCAUGCAUAUUUGUGGUUCCAAGCAUAGACUAGCAUACCUGAAACAACAUUAUCCUGAGGUAGCAGAGGUUGAGGGCAUAGGCUCUGAACUGAGAAAAAAAGUUAAGCAAAUCGCAGAAACAAUUGAGAAGAAAGAAGGAAGAAAACAAAUAAAGGUUGUCAGAGGAGCUCCAAUAAUGAGGAGAAAAUGGCAGCAAUAUCCCAACGCAGAUGACAGCCCUUCAAAAGCUAAAGUUCAGCAUUUGGAUGUAUCACUUAGCAAUGAAGAAGAAACAGAUUGUCCAUAUAAUGAUGAGACAAUGCUGGACUCUGUUCAAGAUGAAAAGGAUGUUCAAAAAGAGCAGGAAAAAAGUCAGAAAGACAAGGCAAAACCUGAUGAGAAGGUCGAACCAAAUAAGGCUUUUGAAAGCAGCCAAGACAUUGAGACUGAAGAUGGCAGCAAAGACAACAACUCAGAAAAGUGUGAGACCAGUGAACAAUUGCCAGAAGAAAACAAUGAAGCAGAGCAAGAAUUUACAGCAAAUUUCAAAGAAUUCACCAGUCAAGAAGAACUGUUGGAUUAUCUGCAAAGUUUUGAGAUACUGAAUGAAGAUGAUGCUUCAUUUAUCCUAAAAGUUACACAGACUCUUACAGAUGCACUGGUAGAAUACCGUCACCAGCUUGCAUCAAACAAGGACCUCUUAGAUACUGAAUGUAAUGGAGAAGCAGCGCUGGAAUGUUCCAUAGAGCAGUCUGACCUGACUUCAGCAGAUAUUAGUGACUCUGAUACUGCUUAUUCAAGCAGCCAAUCAGCUAAGCAGCCUCUAGCAGUAAAUGAAGACAAUGAAUCCCAAAACGUUUCAUCUGGCUCUUUGGGAACAGCACAUGAGAACAUCACUACUGAAUUUCUGAACACUGUAAGAAAUAUGAAUGUCGAGGAAGUAACUGCUACUCUACACAAAAUAGCAGCAGCAAAUCCAGCUUUUAGAGGAAUUGAUAUUCCAAAAGUUAUAAGGAUCCUGACUGAAAGUGGAACUCUGAGACCAAGCAACAGCAGCACAAAGUGACAUGGUAGUUAAUAGAGUUAAUAUAACAAUGUUUACUUUCUGUAAAUUUGUGGUUUACUUAAUGUAAACUCAAUCUAGCUUAUUUUGACAUGUUCAAAUUUUGUAUAGUGUUAAUUUUAAUUAAAUUAAUCACUUGGUUUUGAGAUUCCUAUUAUUUAUUCCUCCAUAUAGAUGAAAUUUCUGUAUUGUGGAAAGGUUGUGAAGCUCAUGUUCUUUCUUUCCAUGUUGAAACAUAACUGUAAAAACAGUUAACUGUUGUUUUUGUCAAUAUCAUUAAAUACUGCACAUUGACAGUC